UCAUUUUAAUAGAAGUGGCCCGUCUCUUCUAAAUUUCUCUGGUCGUUGUCAGUAGAGAGUGUGUGGGCGUGGCAGCUCGUGUUCUGUGUGACGUGUCCGCGACCGUUGGCGAGAGAGAAGUGAGCAAGCGCUAAAUUCAAAAUUUUCAAACAGCUGUGGAGCGCGUGUCGUGAACGAGAGAGCGGAGAGCGUUUUGCUCCCUCACCAGACGAAUACAGAUAGAGGAUUGUGAUUUAAUUUAAGCUGCACGGAGUAUAUAUCGGGAUGGAUCCAUUCACUGAGAAACUGUUAGAGCGCACAAGGGCUCGUAGAGAGAAUCUCCAGAGGAAGAUGGCCGAGAGACCCACAUCAGCCAACCGACCAAUGGCCAAGAGAACAAGAGAACCACUCACAGAUACGAACAGUGCGAUUAGUGAGCCCCCCAUCGAAAAAGCACUUCCCUCCUCAAAGCCAUCUCCCUCAAAGCGUCGCUGUUCAGAUGAGAAUACCCUCAUCACUGGAGAAGAAAACAAGCAACCAGUGGGUACACAUUUUACAGCCUCUGAGCCCAUGACAGACAAGAAGCCACCCCUGGCACCAAGCAGUGCUCGCCCUCGGCCAGUGGAGCAAAAUGUUACUCUUUGUACACCAGAACCCCCAGAGAUGCUGCCCAUUCAUCCUCCUCCAGAAACUGAAAAGAUGGUGGUGUGCCCUCCACAAUCUCCUGCAAAGCGCAUAGAGAAUGUUAUGAAACAUUCUGCUCUAGAUGGAGCUAAAGAGACUCCUAAAGAUACACCAAACCCAGCCCCCUCUGGCAUGAGAUCGCGCUUACAGAGACUGGCUGAACAGAGGCAGUACUGGGAUUCUGAGGGUACCUCAGAGACCGUUCCAGAGAGCAUAGUGGUAUCUCCUUUAAAGUCCCAGAAAGAGGAGCUCCCCACUACUCCUGCUUCGAUGAACUCUGGGCUACCCGCUGGAAGAAAGGGUAGAUUCGCAAACCUAGCUGCCACAAUCGGUUCCUGGGAAGAUGACCUCGGACACCCGCCCACUCGCCGGGACAAUUCACAAGUGCAGCCUGGCACGGCCUGUGUGCAUCCACCAGCCCGUGCAGUGGCAAACAUCAGUGCCAAGCCAACUCCUGCUGUGGAGCGACCUCAGCCAGCUCCACAAAAGUCUAUUGACAUUGGUCAGCAGCCAUCGGUUUACUCUGCAGUCAAGUCAACCAGAGAGGUUCCUCCUAGUCCUCAGAAGACUGAGUUGCCUCAAACCAGACUCGCUCAAGUGGUUCCCUCUCCUGCUUCCAGCCCAUUGAAGAUUUACUCCUCGACCCAGCCCUGCAGUCCACUCAAAUCUUCGACAGCUUCUCCCUCUAAUCCCCAUAAAGGUCAUAUCCCUCCGAGCCCCUUGAAGAAUCAGGGCCCACUGAACAAAUUUAAUUCUGGAGCACUUAAUUCAAGUCCCACAAAACCAGUUUUGGUACCUAAACCCUCUUCUGCCGAUGCUGCUGUUGUUCCACAAAGUCGUGAGAGGUUUACCAAGGACACAACCCCCAUACAGCAAAGAGGCCCAGCUGGAACUUCUGGGGGUGUGAAGUCAUUUUUGGAGCGUUUCGGGGAAAGGUGCCAUGAGCGUAACCAGAGCUCUCCCUCCACAUUAGGAGGCCUUACUCCUGCAACAACUUCUGUCACUCCUAAGUCCAGGCUGCUUCAGGAGAGGCUUGGAGGUGUCCGGGCUACCUCCAGCACUGCCAUGCUCACUCAGAAGCAGAAAAUGGAAAGAGAGGCAGAACUGGCACAAGUUCGUAAUCGAUUUCAGAAAGGCAACAUGUGGAGAAGCAAAGAGGAUCUCUCAGAGGUCAAGAAUGACCCUGAAAUCAAGGAAAUUGAAUCACCUGUACAGAGUCAGACUUCUGCACCACUACUUGAUAAUGAGCUUUCUGCUCCAGUCCCUGAAAUACUCACCAGUCCUUCCAAAUCUAGUGGAAAAGACAUGAAGUGUGCUCUCCCAAUCCCAGUAACGGAAGUUGAAUGCAAAGUAGAGAUGCCUGAAGUGGAAUUGAAAGAGGCAGAAGAAGUGCAUGAGAUUGAUAUUAAUGUGGAUGGUUCUGUAAACUCUGAGAUGAUAAACGAGCUCUUUGAUGGAGUUUUGGAGGAGAACGAGGAGAGUGCAGAGGAAGAUGCCUUGAAUAUCUCCUCCAUGUCUCUCCUUGCUCCACUGGCAGAGACAGUGGCUGCUGUGAUCAAGAGUCCUGAGAGGAAGCUUAUGACAUCUACUCCUGCCAGCUCAUUCAGUGAGAAGAGUUCCACCCCACAAGGGGUAUCUAGGCCCAGUAAAUUUCAAAGGACACGCAUGUUACGGGCUGAAUCAUCUGACAGCAUCGACAACAUAGAUGAGGAGCAAAACCAAAACCUUCUCUACAGCAUUGAUGCCUACAGAUCCACCAGGGUUAAGAAAGAGUCAGAGAGACCUCAUGGUAAACAGGUGAUUGUGAGAAAAGAGGAUGUUUCUCAGAGAAUGGAGACGAUUGGGAGCCCCUGUUACAUCAACAUUAAACAGAAAAUUAAGAUGAUGACCAACGAGAUGAACCUGCAGCAGACCGUGAUCCAUCAAGCUAGUCAGGCUCUCAACUACUGCACAGAUGAGGAACAUGGGAAAGGAUCUCAAGUAGAGGCAGAGGCAGAGAGACUGCUGCUUAUUGCAACUGAGAGGAGGACUGCCCUCAAGACUGAGCUUGACCGGCUGAAGGCAGAGGGUCCAAUAGCACAGAAGAAGAGCCCCUUCAGUUCCCAAGUGGAUAUGGGUAUAUCUGCCUCUAAAGGCUCCAUCUCACUGCUGGAGCUGCGACUCCCCCUGAAGGCAGACUUCAUAUGCUCCUCUGCCAACAAGCCUGAAUGUGGAAACCAUUACUUCUUUGUGAUGAUCCGCGCUGGAGCUGAGAACACAGUGGCCACUCCUCUUGCAAGCACUCGCAAUGCUCUAAGUGGCGAUGCUCUGACCUUCACCACCAAAUUCACUAUGUCUGAUGUCUCUAAUGACUUUGAGGUUGAUAUUGAGGUCUACUGUUUGGUUCAGAAACGGGAGCUGAACCCUGACAAGAGGAAAAAACCCAACAAAUCAAAGGCUAUCACACCAAAAAGGUUCCUCGCUAUUUCUAAGAGCAACCUCCAAACACCCGUUAUGGCGAGCCCCGGUGGUCCAAAUGCGGUGCGCACCAGCAGCUUUGUCCUCGUCGGAUCACACAAGUUAAAUCUAUCCUCUAUUGGGAAAAACAGGUUCCCCUUGGAGAAGAUCAAAUAUGAAGGGAGUGAAAGAGAGCUGCUCAGUGACAUGUUUCACAACAAGGUUCCUUUCCUUUGUCCUUUGGAGGGGCACAUUUACCUGAAAAUGCAAUGCGAGGUUGGCUCUCGAGUAGAGGAGAGGGGUUUCCUGACUAUGUUCGAGGAUGUCAGUGGUUAUGGGGCCUGGCACAGGAGAUGGUGUGUCCUUUCGGGGUACUGCAUCUCAUAUUGGACCUACCCUGAUGAUGAGAAACGGAAGAAUCCUAUUGGUCGCAUUAACCUUGCCAACUGUACCAGUCGUAAAGUAGAGCCAGCUAACAGAGAGUUCUGUGCCCGGCCCAAUACUUUUGAGCUCAUCACCGUGAGGCCACAGAGGGAGGAUGACAGAGAGACUCUGGUCAGCCAGUGCAAGGACACCCUGUGUGUUACAAAGAACUGGCUGAGUGCUGACACUAAGGAUGAGAGGAACCUGUGGAUGCAGAAGCUCAACCAGAUCUUGGUAGACCUGCGCAUGUGGCAGCCAGAUUCAUGCUACAAGCCCAUGUGAGCCUGUCUCUAUCUGGGAUCAAGGGCCAAACAUAUCCUGGUCUGACUUUCCCAUUGACUGUUUACAUGUCUGAUUUGGAAGUGCAAUAUGGUAUCAAAGUUACAGAGUGUUUACAGAUCCAUUUUACAAGCUUCUCAUUUUAGAUUUGACGAAGUCAAAUAUAUAUGGGGUAAGAAAAAUAAAGCCAUAAAGUGAGACAUUUCAAUUAAAGACUAAAUGCUUUGCCUUACAGGGGCUUUCAGGUAUGUUAUUAAUGUUGAUUAGCAAGGCUUACUUAAAGUCUAAUGAAAGUUUGCUUGCUUUAAGGCUGUCAAUUUUUAUAUGUAUGAAUAUAUUAUGUGUCUUUUGCACGACUAAUGUCUGCUGAGAUACCUGCUGUAAGAAAAUUUUCUGAAUAUUCCUCAUUGCUUAUUUAGGCAAGCAGAAGACAAGAAUUCACAAAAUAGAGUAAGACUAAAUCUUUAAAUGAACCACACACAUUAAAUGUCACAUCUUGGUGACACAACAGCUUAAAUUUUCCUAAAAUUUUGAAGCUCAUCAACUUAAACAAACCCAUAAUAUGUUUAUAGUUUUUGAGCAGGUAUACUUACUGAUGUAAUUACAUUUACUUUACCUUUACAACUCCAUAACCGGAAUCAAGGUUUUGUUUAAAUAGCUAAAUGGUUUGGUUGGAUUUAUAGAUUUCUGACAAAUUUGCUUGAAUUGAGAAAUGUAUAUUUAUAUACACUGGCAGCCAAAAGUUUGGAAUAAUGUACAGAUUUUGCUGUUUCGGAAGGAAAUUGGUAAUUUAAUUCACCAAAGUGGCAUUCAACUGAUCACAAAGUAUAGUCAGGACAUUACUGAUGUAAAAAACAGCACCAUCACUAUUUGAAAAAAGUCAUUUUUGAUCAAAUCUAGACAGGUCCCAUUUCCAGCAGCCAUCACUCCAACACCUCAUCCUUGAGUAAUCAUGAUAAAUUGCUAAUUUGGUUCUAGAAAAUCACUUGCCAUUAUAUCAGACACAUUUAAAAACUAUUUGGUUCACCCAAAAAUGAAAUUUUGCUGAUCAUUUACUCACCCUCAGGCCAUGCAAGAUGUGUCUUACGUCAUCCCUCUCAUGAGCGCACCUCACAAAUGUAUGGAAGCGAACAUUUGUAGUUAAAAAGUAUAUAAGUAUUGUUUUGUUUCUAAAAAAUAAUCAACUGUUUGCAUUCAGAAGAACUUUAUUUGUCGACUGGAGUUGUGUGGAUUAUUUUGAUGCACCCUAAAUAUGCAUUUUGGACCAUCAAAAAAUGGAGUACAUUCAUUUGCAAUCUUUGAAGGAGGAGGCCUGAAAUGAAAUCCUAAAAAUCUUAAAUUCUGUUUUGAUGAAGAAAGAAACUCAGAUACAUCUUGGAUGGCCUGAGGUUGAGAUUAUCAGCAAAUUUUCAUUUUUGGGUGAACUAUUCCUUUAAGGUCAAUAUUAAGUCAAAAAUGGCAAGAAAGAAACUGCUUUUUCUAGAAGCUCGUCAGUCAAUCAUUGUUUUGAGGAAUGAAGGCUAUACAAUGCUUGAAAUGUGCCAUAAAACUGAAGAUUUCAUACAAAGAGUCUCUAGUUUGAGAAAUAGAUGCCUCACAUGUUCUCAGCUGACAGCUUCAUUGAAUUCUAUCUGCUCAACACCAGUUUCAUGUACAACAGUAAAGAGAAGACUCGGGGGUGCAGGCCUUAUGGGAAGAAUUGCAAAGAAAAAGCCACUUCUGAAACAGAAAUACAAAAAGAAAAGGUUAGAGUGGGCAAAGAAACACAGACAUUGGACAACAGAUAAUUGGAAAAGAGUGUUAUGGAUCUUAACCCCUUUGAGCUUUUGUGGGAUCAGCUAGACUGUAAGGUGCGUGAGAAGUGCCCGAUAAAACAGCCACAUCUAUGGCAAGUGCUACAGGAAGUGUGGGGUGAAAUGUCACCUGAGUUCCUGGACAAACUGACAGCUAGAAUGCCAAGGAUCUGCAAAGUGGCCAUUGCUGCAUGUGGAGGAUUUUUUGAUGAGAACUCUUUGAAGUAGUUCAAUUUGUAAUGGUAAUUUUUCACGUUAUUAAUGUCCUGACUAUACAUUGUGAUCAGCUGAAUGCCGCUUUAGUGAAUAAAAAUAAUUUCUUUCUAUAAGAGCAAAAUCUGUACAUUAUUCUAAACGUUUGUCCACCAGUGUAUAUUUUGGUUUAAGUACACAAUGGAGAGCACACUUGGAUUCACUUUUUUUUUUAUUUUAGACAUUUAAGGGUUGUUUUUUUAAGGGUAGUUUUUAAGGGUAGUUAAGGGUACCAUGCCAGCUAAUGCAUUUUGUGCUGAACAUUCAAAUAAAAAAAUUUGGUCCAAAUAUAAUUAAAAAGAUUUUCUCUGUUUCUGUAAUAAAACUCACCAGAUCAAGGAAGAUGGGCUUUCAAAAUAAUAAAAAUACAAAUUCACGUGAUGUUGAAACAUGUUGGAUGUCACUUUCCGAGACAAAAUUAAGUGCUAAUGGCAAAGGAAAGUGGCCAACGACAUCAAAAUGAUUUUAUUACUUGCCUUGAUCCAGGUGGCUUUACAUUAAUUGUGAUAGAAUAUUUAUCAUGCACAACUCCUAUUUUCUAAGCUCUCUGUACACCAUAUGUAUAUUUUUGUGUGUUUGCUUUAUGUAAGUUUUAUAACUUGCCCUAGAUUUAUAUUUACAUUUAUCAAAAUGUGUUUUUUGAAUCUUAAAAGGGCUUUGUCUGUGACGUUAUUUUUUUCCCUCCCACACUAAACAUAUCACUUUUAACUGAGACAGAUUUCAUUUCCUUGUUAUACAACAAUAAAAUUCAGUGCUAUCUCUGUAGAGAUCAUAAAUGAUUAGUGUUAUGGUAUAGGUUGGCUGUUUUCUGUUAUGUCCUCUCUUAAACACUCCAAAUGUGGCUUCCAUGUAUUCAGCAAAGCUACAGUUUAAAUAAACCAAACUUUUGACAACUUGC